UUGUGUCAAGCUAAAAUGGAGCCCUUCCGCUCAAUCAGGGAGUGUACCAAAGGUCAAUCUGCACCGGUACGCCUGCGAUCCCUCCUCACUCCGGUUCCAUUCUCGUAUCUGUCUUGUCAUACUUUUCCAACAGGGAGAGUGACGAUGAGGGCCGCGGGGCUACUGCUAUGUGGGAUUGCCAUUGCAGGUGGCUUCAUGGCCUUCUCAUGGAGAGACACUUUUGAUCCAGACAGCCUCUCCGGCGCCCGCGUUCUGGUGACUGGUGCCAGCGAUGGGAUUGGGGAACAGAUGGCCUAUCAUUAUGCUCAAUUCGGGGCCCAAAUUGUCCUGACAGCCAGGAGAGAGGAAGUACUGCAGAAAGUGAUGGAGAAAUGUCUGGAGCUGGGAGCGAAGAAAGCUGUCUACUUCCCUGCUGAUAUGGCUUCCCCUCCAGAGUCUGAAAAGCUGGUCCAGUUUGCAUUGAAGCACCUGGGAGGUCUGGAUUACGUGGUCCUCAAUCAUAUUGGCUACAACCCUGCACAGAUGUGGCGCGGACAAAUGGAUCAUCUGCGCUCGCUCAUGCAGGUGAAUUUCCUAAGUUAUGUGGCAAUUGCCUCAGCAGCUCUCCCUGCUUUGACCAAGAGCAAAGGGUCUCUCAUUGUGAUUUCCUCACUUUUAGGGAGAAUCCCGGCCCCUUUCUCCACCUCCUACUCCGCCACCAAGUUUGCCCUGGAGGGCUUCUUUGGCUCCCUGCGUAACGAGCUAAUCAUGCAAAAGAAAGAGGUGACUGUUACCCUCUGCGUCCUUGGCCUGAUCGACACGGCGUCAGCUCUGAACAACACCAGGGACAUUGUGAACCUGAAGGCUGCUCCUGCUUCUGGGGCAGCUUUGGCCAUCGUGAAAGGCGGGGCCACCCACGCCAUGGAGGUCUUCUACCCCUGGACAGUAGAACUGGUGUGUCGCAUUCGAGAUUGGUUCCCACGACAAAGGGACUGGGUUAUACGUGGCUUCUAUAAUUAUCCUAGCGCCUGAGUAUAUUUGGCUCAGCUCUUGAUUUGGAAAAGUCAACAUGCUGUUGGCCAGCAGAUGACGACCCUUGUCAGACUCACAGUACAGCUGAUCUUCUUGUUGUUAUACACCUUCGAUUACGACUUAUGGCGACGCUAUGAAUCUGUUUUGCAUAUUCAUAGGGAUUUCAUGGUAGGUAUUCGGAGGUGGUUCACCAUUGUCUUCCUCUAACCCUACGGCACCCGGUAUUCCCAGGCAGUCUCCCAUCCAAGUGCAACCAGGCCUGACCCUGCUUAGCUUCCGAGAUCAGACGAGAUCGGGCGUGUUCAGGGUAGUAUGGCUGUAGGCUUAAUGGCUAAUCUUAGUCUCACAUUAUUAAAAUGGGAUUGUUCAUACACAAACACACAUUCCUUCUUUCCUGCACAUUUGUGUAUGCACUUUUAACUAAGGAUGGGGCUCUAUCUGUUACGGUUCCCUCAGGGUUCUCCUUUUUCCAGUCUUAAAUUCAGCCCUCCACAUCUCUGCAGCAAUUUGCAAUAAAAAAAAAUCUGCAUGAAAAUCCUUCAGUAUUUCCGUGCAACUGAAUCCUAAUAAACGCUUUUUUCUGUGCAA